CGAAGGCUCGCAGUUCAGCAGUGGUGCGGUAAGCCUCGCGGACGCGGCGCCGUUAUUCGCAGUCGGGCGGCGGCGGCGCAGGCGGCGGCGGUAGCGGCUGCGGCGGAGCGCUCAGCGCACACCGCGCCUUAGCAGCAGCCGCAUCUGAGGCUCCCUGGCCGUCAGAGCUUCUGCGCUGGGCAGCCACCCUCGCGACCUCUGCUUUUCCUCCCUUCGCUCGCACCAUGGCUGACCAACUGACCGAAGAACAGAUUGCUGAAUUCAAGGAAGCUUUCUCCCUAUUUGACAAAGAUGGCGAUGGUACCAUCACAACAAAGGAACUUGGAACUGUCAUGAGGUCACUGGGUCAGAACCCAACAGAAGCUGAAUUGCAGGAUAUGAUCAAUGAAGUGGACGCUGAUGGUAAUGGCACCAUUGACUUCCCAGAAUUUUUGACUAUGAUGGCUAGAAAAAUGAAAGAUACAGACAGUGAAGAAGAAAUCCGUGAGGCAUUCCGAGUCUUUGACAAGGAUGGCAAUGGUUACAUCAGUGCGGCAGAACUACGUCAUGUCAUGACAAACUUAGGAGAAAAACUAACAGAUGAAGAAGUAGAUGAAAUGAUCAGAGAAGCAGAUAUUGAUGGAGAUGGACAAGUCAACUAUGAAGAAUUCGUACAGAUGAUGACUGCAAAAUGAAGACCUACUUUCAACUCCUUUUUCCCCCCUCUAGAAGAAUCAAAUUGAAUCUUUUACUUACCUCUUGCAAAAAAAAAAAAAUUCAUUUACUCAUUCUGUUUCUAUAUAGCAAAACUGAAUGUCAACAGUACCUUCUGUCCACACACACAAAAAAUCUGCAUGUAUUGGUUGGUGGUCCUGUCCCCUAAAGAUCAAGCUACACAUCACUUUUACAAUAUAAAUACUUGUACUACCUUAAUGACAAGGAAGCACUUAGUGGCCUCCUUGCAGUUCCAUUUGCUAGUGAUUGAUACACUGUUUGGGCUGGCUGGUUUUUCAUGCAUGCAGCUUGACAAUUGAGCACAGUCAGGCAUUUGUAUUAAAAAAAAAAUGAAAAAACAAAUUCUAAACCUAUUCAAAUGGGUUUUAGUUCAAUUUGUUAGUAUAAAUUGUCAUAGCUGGUUUACUGAAAACAAAUACGUUUAAAAUUGGUUUACCUCAGAAUGCUGUGCAGAAAAUGGGUGAAGGAUAAACUGUCUAGAAGUAGUCCCACUAGCAGAAAGGUCCUCUUGCACUUCUGUGUGCCCCGACCCAUGGUGACGGUGACACACCCUGGUGGGUGGCACGCCUGUGUGUGUUGGUUUAGCGUUGUCUGCAUUGUACUAGAUCGAAAUGGGUGUCAGGCUGUCACUGUUCACACAAAUUUUUAAAAACAAACUUUUCCUAAGGGAGCAUCUUUGGACUCUCUGUUUUUAAAACCUUCUCAACCAGGACUUGGAGCCAGCAGAGUAGGCUGUGGCUGUGGACUUCAGCACAACCAUCAACAUUGCUGUUCAAGAAAUUACAAUUUACGUCCAUUCCAAGUUGUAAAUGCUAGUUUUUUUUUUCCAAUAAAAAGACCAUUAACUUAAA